AGCAGCAGCCCUGUGCCCUCGUCCCCGGCCAUGGCGAGCGCCAUCGAAUGCCACUCACCCUACACGAGCCCCGCGGCUCACUGGAGCUCGCCCGGCGCCUCGCCUUACCUCAAGCAGCCGCCCGCCCUCACGCCAAGCAGCAACCCCGCGGCCUCGGCCGGCCUGCACUCCGGCAUGUCCUCCUACUCGCUGGAGCAAAGCUACCUGCACCAGAACGCCCGCGAGGACCUCCCAGUGGGACUGCCUCGAUACCAGCAUCACUCUACCCCAGUGUGUGACAGAAAAGACUUCGUCCUCAACUUUAAUGGCAUUUCUUCUUUCCAUCCCUCUGCUAGCGGGCCCUAUUAUCACCACCACCACCACCAGAGUGUCUGUCAGGAUAUUAAGCCCUGCGUCAUGUGAAUAGAGGGAGGAGGCCAGCCAAGGCCACUCUCUCCGUGGGGCAGAAUGAGCUGAGGUGGACCCAGAGAAUGUGCACCCACAGCAGUAAGUAGCACACCAGUCACUUAGCCAGGUGAGCACUGUUCACUGAGACUUGUCUCCGUGGGUAGAUGGACGCCCCCUGCAAGGUUAAUGCCCCAAAUAUGUGCAGGCUUCCGGUAAGGGGCCAGAGAACUGGGACCUCCACUUCAUGGCUGCAAUGGUAAAAAGCUACCACAUGAAAAACGUAAACUUGUAACUCUGGGAGCUUCACUGCCUUCAGUAAUCAGGGUCGGGAAAACGCAGACUAGUUGUGUGUGUGUGUUUUUCUUUGCCUAUGAAAAUUUGUGUGCUUUUCAAACAGGCAGUACUAAGCACAGACUUCAAGAAAGGCUCCUCUUGGUGCCCAGCUGAGUAGGAGAGUUCUGUGUGGCCAAUACCACGUUUGGAUACAGGUGCCAAAGAACAUUAUUGAGAAAGUAUUUAGAAACAAUGUGUCUAGUUUAAGAAAGUGGUUUUCAGUAUUGUGACAAUACAACGUUUUCUACAAGGUUGUUUUCUACCACCAUAUUUUAAAGAUAUUGUUAUGAUUUUCGUGUAUACUCACACUUUGCUUGUAUUUUAAAAGGAGAAUAUAUUUGCACUUAUGUAUACUUUUACAGUUUGCCAACCUAUUUUGAUGUAAAAUUUUUUCAAUAAAAUGUAUAUAACAAA